AUGCAGCCUGCGCCCUUGGCCCUGUAUAGGGCUCUGCUCGGACGCUUGACACUAGUAGAUGCUCCCACGGUUACAUUUGAGUCAAGAGAGAAAGAGAACAAAGACGGUGAUGCUCCACCACAGCGACGACUCUCCGUCUUGGGUCGUGUCUUGAGUCGGACUUCGGCUAUUGACAGUGACCCUGGACCUCCGCCUGAUGGUGAAUUUUGGGCCUGGGCGUCAGCCAUCGCCGGGCAUACAGUCACGCUGAACUCAUGGGGUUACAAAAGCUCCUUUGGCGUCUUCCAGACCCAUUACACGGCAAACCUCCAUAAUUCAGCAAGCCAAAUAUCCUGGAUAGGAUCAUUCCAAACAUCUGCACUGUUCUUUAUAGGAACCCUCUCUGGUCGUCUCACAGACGCUGGCUACUUCCGUAUCACAUUCGCUGCUGGCACGCUACUCACCUGUCUCGGUGUAUUCAUGACUUCUCUCACCUUGCUGUUGUUUCGAUCUACUUUAAGCGGGGCCCUCGCCUUUGGUAUCACUGCUACUGGAAGUGCCACGGGAGGUCUUAAGUUUCCAUCCAUGGCUCGUCCGCUUCUUGGGAGUAUUGGUUUUGCUUGGACGGCAACAUUCUUCCCGUUCUACUACCUCGCCUCUUUUGCAGUUUCACAACUGGGCAAACCCUUGAAGUGCUCAGCCGCAUUGAAUAUCCUUCUCGUCGUCAACAGUGUCGGAAUUAUCGACCGUUCACUACCAAACGCCAUCGCACAUCAUUUCGGAAGCAUCGCAGUCCUCAUACCCGUCGUGUUCAUCUCAUCUACGUGUUUAUUCACGUGGUCUGCAGUAUCCACAGAAGCUGGCUCGUACGCAUGGGCUAGCGUUUACGGCGGUAUUGUCGCUGGAGCAUCCAUGAGUUUGUUCCCUCCAGCUUUGCCAGAUUUGACAACGGGUGUGCACAAGACAGGUGUCAGGAUGGGCAUGAUCUUUACGACGAACAGCAUUGCAACUCUCACUGGGCCGCCUAUCGCUGGUAUGAUUAUUAGGCGGCGUUCUGGUGGUCACUACCUAAGUGCACAGAUCUUUGCUGGUGCAUCGCUUCCUUUGGGUGAGGUGUCUAUCUUUAUGGCCAAGCGUUUCAGGAGAGUUGGAGGUCAGUAUCGAGCUACAUGA